AUGUCAUCCCUUCUCGGUCAACGUACUUCUGAGACAGGAACAACCUCAAAUGAGAUCGAAAACAGUAUUGACUCUGCGAGAGAGUCGAAAACACUAGCAAUGCUUUCGGAAAUCGACGCGCUUCUGAACAAGAGUCAAUCGUAUAGGAACAAUCUCAGGUCACAUUCCCCAUAUCACAGAGGUAACGAUUCAGGCGUUUUCGAUUCCGCCUAUGGUUCAGAUGAGUCUGCAUCUGAUGGAAAUCAAACGGCUUCCCAAUCAGCAAACUACGAUGAUUCCGACGCAUCAUCACUAUCCAGCGGCUCAUCAGAGCAAUCCUCGGACCAUCUUGAUGAUACACUACCGUACGGUAUGUCCCAACGGCUUCGUCGUUCCAAAGUUAGCCUUUCAGGCGAACGGUUCAUCUCAGCGCAAGGACAAAACGGUUUCGAAACACUCACUCAGUCCCCUUCUGAUAUUGUCCAACACCCGGCUCACCACCCAAAUGGUUCAGUCACUUCUGAAUCGGUUUCUGGUAGACCAAACGGAAUUUCUACAGGCCCGCAACUAUCGUCCGGAGUCGAAUGUACCGAAUAUCGUCCACAGGAUCCCAUAAUAGCGAACGAGGGCCAAAGUAUCUCAUCCGAUUCUUCAUCAUCAUUUGACAGGAUUAGGUUGAAGGAUAUAGAAGAAUCAGACGAAGAAGAUAAUCACCACCAGCCGUCUGGACCAUUCCUCAACCGUGGACCAGAUUACUCUCUGACCUCACUCAAAUCAUCCCGAGCGAAUUCUCUACAGAGGACUGCUAGUAUUCAUGGUAGACCUCGUAGGGGACGUAGCAGCUUGAGAUCGAGUCUGUCCGGAACCUCUGACCUGUCCAGGGCAAGCAGACCUAUCCACCAGCUGCGAAUUGAUCCCGAAGAUAUGCAGAGAGCCAGAUAUCAAUAUUAUGAAGAUCCAUAUGCUGAUACUUCCAAGACUGAUCUGAAAAUUUACGAAGAAUAUUCGCGAUCGGGCAGUCCUAAAUCUUCGACGUCUGGGAUCAUCUCGCCUAUCAGCCCUCAAGUGCACACAGGUGAAUCGACUGGAUUUCAGAAAUGGACAAACGAUCAACACUCCUCCUUCUCGAGUAUAUCAAACGCUAGAAGCUAUCUCACCUCAUUCUUGCAAAAUCGACGAAGGCCCUCCAUCUCCUCACGAGGUACCUCCAAUACGGGUAAAAGUCGAUUAUCUGUCAAUUGGCAACCUUCAAUGAGGAAUGUUACGAAUAAGAUGAACAGAUGGAAAAACAAUUUCAGCAGCAGGUUCUCGAGGAACGAUGAAGACCCACUACCAAGACGCAAAGCUUCUGAUGUGGAAGCGGAAUUAUAUGGUAAUAUCUCUCAAGCAGAAGCGAGAAGAAUAAUCGAUAGACGUGAUCAGUCGCUUCGUGCGGAAGGUACGAGGUAUGAGGUGCCCCCUCAAAUGGAGAAAUGGAUAAGUCAUCUUCCAGUGGAUAGUGAGCCUGAACCUGAGAAAGAACAAUCGAGUAGUCCAUCAAUAUCGCUAACUUCGGUCAAUGACGAAGUUGACGAUUGGUUCAGGAAUCCAUCCUUUGAUCUACCUACAUCUGGAACAUCUCGUACGGGAGUUUCCCUGGAAGAUGCCUUGAGUAGGCUCAGAGAGGAAAGGAGAAUCAAAGAUUCGCAACUUGCUGAACACCAAUCACAGCAUAAUGUGUCUGCCAGAUAUUGGGGGAGUCACACUGAGGAAGGGAAGUAUGACCCGACAGAAGAUGAGCAGGAGAUUAGCAUUCUGAGAUCCCAAAUUAGUACUUUACAAGAUAGGUUGGGUGAAUUGGAAUCUAGGUUUUACCAAUUUUAA